AUGUCUUCUAAAUCUGAUUAUUAUCUUUUUAAAUCACCAGGAGCAAGGAAUGCUGCACAGAGGAAGUUGUUAGAUGAACUGGGUAUUCCUGCUGAAGAUGUGCCAGUUGAUCAAUUUACCCCACUAGGCAGGAUGCUGUACAAAGCUCCUUCUGAUGGAAAAUGGGGCGAGCACGAACAGAAUCAGCUUUCUGUUAUGUUGUUUUACUCAAUUGAAGAUAGUUUUGGAAUUGGAAGCACUGUAAUUCUCAACACUGGCAAAAAAGUUGACAACAAGAAGAAAAAGAAACUUAAGAAGGUGGAAGAUAAGAUGCUUGGAUGGGGUUCGAGUUUUGAUUUGCUCAGACCACAAGAAAUUGGGACCUUUUCUAUUCUGCUCAUGGUGGUGGACUAG